UGUCUUUCUAGUUUCUACAUGAGGCCCAUCAUUUCCACAGAUUUGAGAACGUCGACUACGAUCCAAGUUUUCAUCGAUCUCAAGACUUUGUUGAGAUCUGAAGUUUCCAUGGAAAAAACAACUCAUAUAGCCGUUGUACCCAGUCCUGGAUUUAGCCAUCUGAUUCCGAUUCUUGACUUCUCCAAGCGACUUGUUCACCUUCAUCCUCACUUUCAUGUCACCUUCAUCAUCCCCUCACUGGAAUCUCCUCCCAGUGCCUCCAUAGCCUACCUUCAAAAUCUUCCUUCGAACAUCGAAUCCCUUUUCCUUCCUCCUAUUUCCAAACAAGACUUACCCCAAGAAGAUGGCCACGUGGCAAUCCAAAUUCAACUCACAGUAACCAAAUCCUUGCCAUCUUUACGACAUGAAUUGACCUCCUUGAAUUCCAGAUCUCCUUUGGCUGCUAUAGUUACAGAUUCUUUCGCAUCCGAGGUACUAGGUUUCGCUAAGGAACUUAGUACUUUGUCUUUCCUUUACUACCCCUCAAAUGCUUCAGCUCUUUCCUUCUGUCUCUAUCUCCCAACCCUCGAUGAAGAGAUUUCUGGUGAUUUCAGAGACGUCCCAGCACCUAUCCAAAUUCCCGGUUGUGUUCCACUCCAUGGUAGAGACCUCCCUGACCCGGUUGAAAACCGGUCCAGUGAAUAUUACAAAAUGUUUCUCAAACGAAGCAAGAGAUUGUUAUAUGUUGAUGGGCUAUUGGUUAAUAGCUUCACUGAGAUGGAAGAAAGAGCUAUAAGAGUCUUGACCCAGAAAGAAAGCUGCUUUCGUCACCCCCCAGUGUAUCCGGUUGGACCCAUCACUCGAACCGGGUCAAGCAAUGAGGAAAACGGGUCGGAGUGUAUGAGGUGGUUGGAGAAUCAACCACCUAGUUCUGUGUUGUACGUUUCUUUUGGAAGUGGUGGGACCCUAUCCCAAAACCAAAUCAAUGAGCUAGCUUUUGGCUUGGAAUUGAGUGGCCAGAAAUUCCUAUGGGUUCUAAGAGCACCAAGUAGCUCAGUUCAUGCUGCUUACCUUGGUUCUGCAAAUGAGAAUCCUUUAGAUUUCUUACCAGAAGGGUUUUUGGAGAGAACUAAAGAGCAAGGCUUUGUUGUACCUUUUUGGGCACCUCAAAUUCAAAUCCUUAGUCAUAGUUCUGUUGGUGGGUUCUUGAGUCACUGUGGUUGGAACUCAAUUCUUGAGAGUGCUCAAAAUGGAGUGCCAUUGAUAGCCUGGCCACUUUUUGCAGAGCAGAGAAUGAAUGCUGUUUUGUUAACUGAUAGUUUGAAAGUGGCUUUAAGGCCAAAGGUUAACAAAAAUGGCAUAGUAGAAAGGGAAGAGAUUAGUAAAUUGGUAAAGAGAUUAAUGGAAGAUGAAGAAGAUAAGGAGAUUUGCAAGAGAAUGAAGGAUUUAAGAGAUUCUUUUACUAAUGCACUCAAAGAAGAUGGUUCUUCUACAAAAAUUUUAUCCCAGGUGGCACUCCUGUGGAAAAAUAAUUUAAAUGGGACAUGAGAAAAUUUUAGACUUGUCUGGCUAUUUUGUUUUUCCUAUGAGUUCUCUGUUGAAAAUGAAUGGAUAUUUCCUUCGCUUGUGUUGAAAA